GAAGUGUCUGCAGCAUUUCCACAUCAACUUGACAAGCAAAUUUGCUGAGACAAAAAAAAAAUAAGAAAGAAGAGAAAUUGAGGAAAAGUUAUAUUUGUGAAAGAAAAUUAAGUUAAUUAAAUACAAUUGGACGUAUUGUAAAUAAUAGAUUUACUACGAUAGGAAAACUUGAUAAUACUUUGUGUAUGUGUGAUAAAUAAUAAUAUUAAAUCAUGUAUGAGGGAGUGCAAUAGGAAUUUUUCAUUUCGGUCUACAUCAGUCCACGCAUAAACUUUGAAACUGUUUCCAUAAAAAUCAACAGUUUCAAUACCAAUGCAGAAUAGCAAAAGGACGAGAAAAACUAAAUGUUAAAUCGUUCUUUCAAACAAUAGAGUUUCGGGAUUUUAUGACGAAUAGUUUACAUAACCAGAAAUACUCAAAAUUCAAAAUCGAAAUUUAAGAGUCAUUCAUUUAGUGAAUUGCAAAAAUGCUCCCGACUUAUAGAACACUUACCCCAUCAUCGGUACGGAGAUCAUUGCGUGUACGCGAGAAAUUUUUAAUAUUGCUCCUUUUUGCCACCUUGGCGUUUGUUUGCUUUGGUGGCCUUUUCUAUUUACCCGAUAACUUUGUAAACUCAGAUAAAGUAAUAGAAGUGUAUAAAAAAAUUCAAAGUGCAGGGCCGGAAAUAGAGGAAAUAUUUAUUCCAGCACCACCGAUUUCGCGACAACAUCAUCAACAUGGAAUUGACGGAAAUGAAAAUGAUGAUCAAUUAGAUGGUGACAAACACAUCCAAAAUGAUCGAAACCGUUUUUAUGCCAAAAUUCAAGGCGAUGAUUGGGCAGCUGCCGAAGGUGGACACUUAGAAAAACCGCAGUCCAAACCACAAGCAAAUGAUUUGCCAUUAAUGAGCUCAUCGAUGUCAGAAAAAAGGGCAGCAGAGAGUCCAGUUGGAGGAGUUGGAGUAGCUGAUGCCCCUGACCUACAAUUCACUAGUAUACCAAGUGGAGAAGAUUCAGAUCCAGUCGCUCGAGAACGUCGCAAUAAAAUACGUGAAAUGACGACUUUUGCGUGGGAGAAUUACAAACUGUAUGCAUGGGGGAAAAACGAAUUAAGACCAUUAAGCAAACGUGCCCACACUGGAAGCAUAUUUGGUUCAUACGAUCUCGGCGCAACCAUUGUGGAUGGAUUAGACACACUGUAUAUUAUGGGAUUAAAACAAGAAUAUCAAGAAGCACGAGAAUGGAUUGCGCGAAAGUUCUCAUUCAAAAAUAUGAGUGCCGAAUUAUCAGUGUUCGAAACUAAUAUUCGAUUUGUGGGUGGUCUUCUUACCUUAUACGCAUUCACGGGCGAUCCAAUGUAUAAAGAAAAGGCCCAAGAGGUUGCUGAUAAAUUAUUGCCUGCAUUCCAAACACCGACCGGAAUUCCCAAUGCACUCAUAAAUUUAAGAACUGGUUACAGUAAAAAUUAUGGAUGGGCCAGCGGUGGGAGCAGCAUUUUAUCUGAGUUUGGAACGCUACAUCUUGAGUUUGCUUAUUUGAGUGAUGUAACCGGAAAUCCAGUUUAUCGUGAGCGGGUAUUAAAUAUUCGGCAACUGUUGAAGGAUAUUCCGAAACCAAACGGAUUAUAUCCAAAUUACUUAAAUCCAAAAACCGGAAAAUGGGGCCAACAACACAUAUCAUUAGGUGCUUUGGGUGAUAGUUUUUAUGAAUAUUUGUUAAAGGCCUGGAUUCAAUCUGGGCAGUCUGAUGAAACUGCACGACAAAUGUACGACGAAGCCAUGGAAGCAAUUGUUAGUAAAAUUAUACAAACCUCAUCUGGUGGAUUGAUUUAUGCAUCUGAUAUGAAAUUUGAUCGGUUGGAACAUAAAAUGGAUCACUUGGCAUGUUUUUCAGGCGGAUUAUUUGCAUUGGGUGCUGCAACAAAACAAGAUCAAAAUUCUGAAAAAUAUAUGGACAUUGGUAAGGGAAUAACUAAUACAUGCCACGAAAGCUACAUAAGAACUGCAACACAUUUAGGACCAGAAGCAUUUAGAUUUAAUGAAGGGGCCGAGGCAAAAGCGCUUCGCGCACAAGAAAAAUAUUACAUCCUAAGACCAGAAACUUUUGAGAGCUAUUUUAUUUUGUGGCGCCUAACACACGAUCAAAAGUAUAGAGACUGGGGAUGGGAUGCAGUGCAAGCUAUUGAGAAAUAUUGUAGGUCACCGGGUGGUUUUAGCGGUAUUAAAAAUGUUUAUUUGGAAGAUCCGCAAAAGGAUGACGUGCAACAAAGCUUUUUCAUUGCUGAAGUGUUAAAGUAUUUGUACUUGUUAUAUUCGGACGACUCACUACUGCCGUUAGAUGAAUGGGUGUUCAACACGGAGGCACAUCCGCUACCUGUAAAAGGCAAUCCAUUAUACAGACAAGCACUAUCGCAAACCAACAAUCCAUAAAGAAAGACUUGAUAAAAAUUGAAACUUGUGACUGGGCUUAAAUAACGUGUUUACUCAUUACAAAAAAAUGGCAGUAGUAGAAACUUGUAUCAAAUUAAGUAAUUUAAAAGUUGAUAUAUGCAAUAAUGCAUAAUCUCCAAAACUUCCUCUAUUAGCAAAACAUGUCAUACUUCAAAUUUAGAUUUAGUCUAGUUUGUUGAUUGCUAAUUCUAAAAAAAUAUAUUACAAUGUGCUGCAGUGGCUGUGGAUAAAUUUGAGAGGAUUAAUCAAUCGACGUUAUGUAAUUUAUUGUAAAUAUGCGAAAUCUCUAUCAAUUAUGACUAUUGAAAGGAAAUAAUUUAUUGUAUUAGUGCAUGACUCGAAAACUAAAUAAAUCGAAUAAGUAAGAGCUAGAAAAAAAUCCAUGCAACUGUCAGCUAUGUCGUUAUAAUAGAAGUUAAACUAAUUUUCUUGAAAAUUAUUCAAUAAAAAUUGUAAUUAAUAAUAAAAACGAAAUAUAUAUGUAUUAGAUUUGUAGAAUAAAAAUAAAAUUGUGA